AUAACAGGAUAUCAACAAUCACUCUUCUUCUUGUGACCUGUUCCGCUUUGCAUCGCUCUUUAGGACCUCCUUGGUACUUUUUUUUAUACUUAGAUGCUUCACUUAGUUACUUUGUGAUAGUAAAGGUUGGGUUCCGCGAUGCGAAGUUAAGGAUGGGAUGUCUCACACACCGGUGUGGGCGCGUGUGAAGGAGCCAACACGUGUUUCAGAGCGGUGACGCAAGCGAGGCGCGAGGCAGCCACCGCAUCUUAGCGCGUGCAAAAAGCGCCCCCUCGCGUGCACGGCCUGUCAUUGCUGGGCGGCGAGGCGUGGCCGGUGGGCUAUAAAGGACGCGAAUCUCUGCUCCCAAACACUUCAGCGUCUCACCUCCUCGCCCAACGCAAUGGCCGCUCGUGUUCUCCUUAUUGUGGCAGGCGUGGUGGCCGUGGCCGUCGCUGAUCGCGGCUACGGGCAGGGCGGCGGCGGCGGCAACCGCGGGGCAUCCAUCGUGCAGGACCAGAGGGAACACAACGCCUACGGGGAUUACAACUUCCGGUACGAGACCAGCGACGGCACCUUCAGGCAGGAGACCGGCAAGCAGGACAACGGCCAGGUGGUGCAGGGCGGCUACAGAUACAUCUCCCCUGAGGGCGUCCCUGUGGACAUCACCUUCGUGGCUGACCACGGCGGCUUCCAGCCCAGCGGCAGCGUGCUGCCCGUAGCCCCGCCGCUGCCUUACAAGUUCGUCCAGAACUUAGUCCACUGAACCCGUCCUCUUCACACCUGCCCGAUGGGAGUCGCAUGUAGCAGCAGGCAGCUUAUGAGCUUCUCCCGCACCCACCCACACCGACGCCUCCCCUCACCGCCGAGCACCGGCCCGGCAGCCGGGGGGCCGCCGCUGGCCUGCGAGCCCCUCGGCGCCGGUUUGCCACGCCCCUCACCGCAGCACGCCAGAUCGCCGCCACGCCUCGGCCAGCUUGAGUCACCGCGUCUGUUGUAGAGUUUUUGUAUUUUGGUAAUAAAUGAGACGCAGCUCAACGCACCUUGUCCACACUCACCUAUGCCUUCGAGACUGUAUACGUUUUGAGUGGAUGAAUGGACAGCCCAGGUUGCAUGUCGCCAGGAUCGCGCAAGUCUAAUGAAGGGACAGCUGAUGACAGAAGCCGUGACUGUCCCCGCUGCUUUCUACGCGUCCCCCGCCCCACCUGCUGUCACCUGUUACCUGUUUUUGUGUUGAAUAAGGAGUUGCUCUGCUUCUGAUUCUCAGGAAGAAGCUAAAGAGAGAAACUUUGUUCAGCUGCCGGAAAAUCAUGCACUUUUUUGUUGCGCGCAUUUGUGUCCAGGCAAAGGCUGCUGUUUGUCACUACUCGGCCUUAACUGCUGCUGAGGAAUGGCCGCAGACUUCUUACCUUUUGUUUAUUUUCAUUGUGUUUUUCCUCUUCCUCGUUUCUUUAUCUUUCCUUUCCCUUGCGUAUCGACCCACAUCCUGCAACGCCCUUACUUCCACUCGCUUUUUCUCCCUUCUUUCCUUUUGUUUGUAUUUAGUUUUCAUUUUAUUCGUUGCUGCUUUUCGUCUGCUUGUCGUUACGAGUCUCGUCACUUCCUCUGCUUCCCCUUCCGCGUGCGGGAGAUAGAAAUAAACACGUAUCUGUCUA